AAACAAGAACAGCGUAUUAUAAGAGUGGGGGAAUUUGAAAUACACUAUAACUAUUAUGUAGCGUAUUACUACGUACAUACAUAAUUGCUUUUUUGGUUUACAUUGCCAUGACAUAUCGAAAGUACCCAGAGUCUCAAAUUAGGAGAAUAGAUACCACAGAUAAGACACUUGGUCAUGUGAUUUCUUUUGUGGCAUAGUAAAGAAGUCGAUGAUAAUCUAAGAUUAUGGCUACAAGUUCAGACCAAUCGAUUGAGAAACAAUUAGGAACACUCGCAGAUCACCAGACUUCACUUGAGUCCUCUGAUGUGUUCAGAAUAGACCCGGAGGAAGAUAUGGACCAACAAAUGGAGAGAUUGAUGGCAGAACUUAACAAACUACCGCAAGAAAUGAGAACCACUUUAGAUGUCAACACGAUCAAGAGAAACUAUCAAAAUGCCAAAUCUAUCAGUAUUCUAGUAACUGGUAAAACAGGCACAGGCAAGUCGACACUAGCUAAUGGCAUUCUAGGAGUGAAGAUCCAGAGAGAACGAGUGGCCAUUGAAGGAGCUAACAUCACUGGAGCUUGCACUACUAAAGUCACAAAGUAUGAAACCAGAAAAGGCGAGAUAGCUGUGGCGCUUUGGGACAGCCCAGGACUUCAAGAUGGAACUGCAAAUCAAACAGACUAUCUACGACAAAUGAAACAGCAAUGUUCCAAGAGAGAUCUAACAAUCUACUGCAUUAAAAUGAUUGAGACCAGGUUUGUGCAAGGUACAGAUAAUCCGGAUAUUAUAGCCAUGAAAAAAAUUACAAAAGCUUUUGGGAAUGACUUUUGGAAGAGCACAGUCAUCGUCCUAACGUUUGCUAACUCGAUUGAAGCUGUAAAUUACGACAUAAAAUACUUAUCGCCUGAGAAAAAAAUCGAAGAAAUUAAAAAAGUUAUCAGCCAGUGGAUAAAUCAGAUCAAAAAUAUUUUGAUUAAAGACGUGAAAAUCCCCAAAGAAAUAGUGAAAUCGAUACUGAUUGUACCAGCUGGUCACUACAUGGAGCCCCACAUCCCAGGCUGUCGUUAUUGGCUAUCAAAUCUUUGGUUUCAUUGUGUGCACGCCAUCUCCUCACCCGAGGCAAAGGUAGCUCUCGUGAAGAUAAACUUCAGUCGUAUCAAGAGAGAAGAUUUGAUCAACGAUGAAGAUUUUCAGAGGGCACCAGAAGAGCAGCCGAUAGUUGUGAACAAAGAAGCUUACAGUACGAUACUGAGAGGUGUGUUAGGGGCUAUAGGGGGCGGCCUAGCAGGAGCUGGUGUGGGAGUAGGUGUGGGUGUGGGAACGGUAGGACUCAUUCUGCCAAUAUCACUGCCAGUGGGUAUUGUAUUAGGAGUACUAAUCGGUUUUGUUGCUUGCGUUUGACGUUUUAAUUUAAUUUGUAAGAACGGCAGCAAAUUGUAUGUGAAAAUACUGAUACCACUAGUGUACGUACAUAGUUAAUUUUUUCAGUGAUCGACAUAAUACUAUAAUACAUAUUUUCUGUUUUUGAACUUUAAUUUAAGUUACAUG